AUGCUUGUCCGCCUCGCAGAGCCAAUCAGCGAACGGUCUCUCACAGCAUAUCUCUUCUACCAGCUACAAUGGUUCGACAAGUCCCUAGAUGCGUCGUCGAUCGCGAAGCAGGCCGGGCAUCUGACUGCAGCCUUUGCCGCUUCUCAAUGCGUAACAUCGAUGUGGUGGGGACGGGCAGCCGAUAGCCCGGUGCUCGGUAGGAAGGGCGUUCUCGUCAUUGGUCUCCUAGGAUCAGCGGUUUCAGCACUUGGCAUGGGGUUCUCAACUACAUAUCGGUCUGCCAUGUUGUUCAGGAUGCUAUCCGGUGCACUGAAUGGCAACGUUGCCGUUCUCAGGACAAUGGUGUCAGAGGUUGUUGUCGACAACAGAUAUCGCUCUCGUGCAUUCCUUCUUCUACCAAUGUGUUUUAAUGUUGGCAACAUUGUAGGACCACUGAUGAGCGGCGUCUUAGCCAACCCUAUCGACUCGCUACCAAGCUUAUUCGGGCCAGGCUCCUUUUUCGGCGGCCAUGACGGCGUUCAGUGGAUGAGCAGAUUCCCCUAUGCACUCCCCAACGUUGUUUGCGCUCUUCUCUUGAUCACAUCAGCAUUUGGUGUUAUCUUUGCUUUGGGCGAGACUCAUCCUCUGCUUCGGCACGACAAGCCAGGCCAGCGACGACGGCUUGGAGAGGGUCUCCUUGGGGGCAUUCUCAAGAGACGCAACGCCAAGCCCUCCUACCAAUCUAUUGCUCCAGAUGAUGACCCUGAACAGAUCCGCGAGGCAACGGAUGAACGUUUGCUUGACGCUGUUGCAACAUUUCCUUCAAGCUCUUCACGUCGCGACUUUCAACUCGGCCUUGAUUGUUCUUCUGCCAACUCCUAG